AUGCGUGGGAGAGCAGUGAACGCGGUGGACAUGGACCAGUUUCGAGGCAACGCGAUGAGCGCUACCAACGUGGAGAAGUUCCGAGGCAAUGCUGCCAACGUGGAGGAGCUGCGACGGAUAAUCCAGCGCAGCAGUCUGCGGAAGGGAUUCGUGCAAGAUGUGAAGAACAACUGGGAGAUUAAGAGUCUCAAAUUCGGAAUCAUGAACAAGGAAGAAAUAAUAAAAUGUUCUGAGGUGAAAAUAUUAAACAGAGAAAUGUACAAAAAUAAUACGGGCAUUCCUUACCCUUAUGGAGUCCUCGAUCUCAAGUUGGGAGCUCACAAAAGUAACUCCCUAUGUGAAACAUGUAACCGAAAUUUUAUGAACUGUUCAGGUCAUUUUGGAUACAUUGAAUUGAAUUAUCCACUUUUCCAUGUGGGGUAUUACAAAUAUAUCAUCUACAUCCUUUACUGCAUCUGUAAAGUGUGCUCACACAUUUUGCUCAGCAGUGAGAAGCUUGAGUUUUAUACUAAUCUGAAAAGACAUACCGUGGAGGAUAAGUUUUUCAAAAAACAUAUUUUUAAAAAAAUCCUCAACACCUGUAAGAAGGUGACAAAGUGUUACCGAUGUGGAUACCCACAAGGAGUCAUAAAAAAGAUCAUUAAGCCCAGUUUAGACCAAUUUAUGAAAUUAAAACAUGUUAUUAAAACCAAGGAGAAUGGGAAAAUGGUUAUAAAAGAGGAUGAUUUGAAUAGCCUUUACGUUUUGAAUCUUUUCAAAAAUAUGAAUCCAUACCAUGUGAAACUUUUAAAUGUAGAAAAUCCAGAGAAACUCCUCAUAACAGCAUUGCUGGUACCUCCAAAUACGAUUAGACCGUCAGUUAUCAUUGACGAACAUGGGACAGCAGAGGAUGAUCUGACUUGUAUUCUCUCAGAAAUCACUCAGCUUAAUAACACCAUAAAUAAUCAGUGCAGUAAUGGAUAUCAGACAAAUCAAUUCCUAGGCAAUGUUGAAUUUUUGCAAUUACAGAUAACGAGAUUUAUUAAUAGCGAUUCUCCAGCUGUGUCUCAGCUACUCGCCACUCAGAACAUUUCGAAGCCUGGAAGGGGGAUCUGCCAGAGGUUAAAGGGGAAAGAAGGUAGAUUCAGAUGCAACCUAUCGGGGAAAAGAGUCGACUUCUCUAGCAGAACGGUCAUUUCGCCCGAUCCGAAUAUCUCCAUCGAUGAGGUCGUCAUUCCUGAAAUUAUUGCCAUGAGGCUUACCUACCCGGAGAAAGUCAAUCGCUAUAACAUAGAACGAUUGAAGAGGCUUUUAAAGAAUGGGACGAACAGAUGGCCUGGGGCUAACUACAUCAUAAAGAAAGGAACCAACCCGAGGAGUUACUACUCCACAUUGGGUGGAGUCUCCUCCCUCGAGGCGGAUUCCAUCCUCGACGUGGUGAAGCGAUACGUCGGCCGGGGCGACUACUCUCCCGCUAGCGGGCAGUCCAUCUUCACAGCUCAACUGGGAAACCCACGCAUAGAAAACCCCGUUAUUAACAAAAUCAGCCUCAAGUAUGCGAACAAAAAGUUCGUCAUAGAGAAUCUCCAAGUGGGAGACAUCGUGGAGAGGCACCUAAUGGAUGGAGACAUCGUCUUAUUCAAUCGGCAGCCCUCUCUCCAUCGGAUGUCCAUCAUGUGCCACAAAGCCAGAGUGAUGAAGUACAAGACCUUCCGAUUCAACGUAUGUGUCUGCUCUCCGUACAAUGCCGACUUCGAUGGAGACGAAAUGAACUUACAUGUGCCACAAACGGAGGAGGCACGGGCAGAGGCUUCAUACCUGAUGAAUGUGAAGCACAAUUUGAUUACUCCGAAAAAUGGAGAAGUGAUGAUUGCCUUAACGCAGGACUUCCUUUCUGCUUCGUACGUUAUAACCAAUAAGGAUACCUUUCUCGAUAGGGACUCCUUCUGUUUACUCUGCUCCUACUUCUCCGAUGCGAAGGUCGAUAUAGAGUUACCCGUCCCGGCGAUCCUCAAACCGAAGGAGCUCUGGACGGGAAAGCAGCUUAUAACCGUCCUCAUAAAGCCAAACAGGAAGGAAAACACGAUUAUCAAUUUCGAAAUGAAGGAGAGGGAAUACUCAACGAAGAAUGGUGACCUGAAGCAUAUGUGUCUAAACGAUUCUUACGUCUGCUUCUACAAAUCUGAGCUCAUUUGUGGGUCCCUAGGGAAGAAGGUUUUGGGUUCGUCCAAGUAUGGACUCUUUUACUACCUCAUUCAUCAUAACUCUUCCUACGUUGCUCUGAAAAUUAUGAACCGUUUUUCAAAGCUAACCAGUCGAUACUUCUCCAACAAAGGAAUGACCAUCGGGAUUGACGAUGUAGCUCCGUCGGAGACUCUCCUGCAGAAGAAAAAGGAUCUUCUCCAAGAAGGCUAUGAAAAGGUUAACAAAGAAAUCCUUCUCUACAAUGAGAAGAAAAUGCAGAUACAAGCGGGAUGCACUUUAGAAGAAACUCUCGAAAUUAAGGUAAAAAACAUUUUAGAUGAUCUACGGAACGAUGCAGGCAAGACGUGCAAUCAGUAUUUGGAUCACCUGAAUAAGCCUCUUGUCAUGUUUAAUUCUGGAGCUAAGGGAGCUCUCAUUAACAUCGCUCAGAUGAUUGCUUGUGUUGGACAACAGAACGUUACAGGCCAGAGGAUUCAAAACGGAUUCAUUAAUAGGACCCUCCCUCAUUUCAACUUUCAUUGUAAAGAUUCUGAAAGUAGGGGCUUCGUGGAAAACUCCUUCUACACCGGUCUUAAUCCGACGGAGUUUUUCUUUCAUACUAUGUCUGGAAGAGAAGGGCUCGUCGACACCGCUGUUAAGACUGCUGAGACGGGGUAUAUGCAGAGGAGACUCAUGAAGGCACUGGAGGAUUUGUCGAUCCAUUACGAUUACUCGGUCCGAUCCUGCGACAAACAAAUUGUGCAGUUUAUUUACGGAGAUGACGCACUGAACCCGUCUUACAUCGACAACAAUAAUUCGUAUGCGCAUCAGUUUGAUAAGAUCUUUGAUCACAUCACUUCCAUUUCGUCUAGCAACAUUCUUCUGUCCUAUGGGAAGUCCCUCCCCGAUUCCUCCAGGAUGGCAGCUUUCCCCACUUUGCCCUCUUUGUCUUCUUUUACUGCCUCCCCCAUUUCGCGUAUCGUCAACCGGGUGACCUCCAAGAUGAGCGCCCCGGACACAGCGCCCUUCAUUCCCCUGUCGCACGACGAGCACUUUGUGAGGCUGGUCAUGGAGAAGCCGCAGCGAAACCCCAGGCGGGGCACCCAAGGGGGAGAAGCAGCGGAGGGAGAGGAAGUAGCCGCGGAAGUAGCCGCGGAAGUAACCGCCGAAGCAGAUGGGGACGAAGAAGACGCGGCUCACGGGGGAGGCCCCCCUGGUGGGAAACCUCGCCACGGUCCAUCCGCCGCCCUGGAAGGGAGAGUCAAAGUGGAAAUAAGAGUCAGCGCAUGUGUCGCCAAGGAGGAGCAGACAAAGCAGCGGAAGGAGCGUAACGAGCGUAAGGAGCCGAAACGGUCCAAGCAGCGGACGGAGCCAAUACAGCCGAAGGGUCACCACCCCGAGGAUGCUCCCGAUGAUGAUCCCGAUGAAGAGGCCACUGCCCAAAACAACUGCGUCCUGCCGCCACACAAACAUCACUCGAUUGCACGAUUCGUAAAUGAUUAUCGAAACGUCGUUGAGAUAAAGACACUGAUGGAUAAGAAUCAGAUCUGCCUGAGCGAGUCGGAAAAGAAACUCGUACGAAGUAUGUACAGCCAGAUGAGCAAAAACGUCGUGAAGAAGAUCCAAAUUGUUAAUACGGUGUACCGGUCCGAGAGGGAAAAAUCGGCUAGCAGUAAGGAGCAGCGUCAUGGGGGGACGAGCCAGACGAACGUGAGGCACGCGCUGAGUGAAGACACCACUACCGCCUAUGCACAGGGUUAUCUCCCCAACAUCAGGAAGAGAAGGCACGCACAGCCGCACAUCGGGACGAGUGGAAGCCGCCACACGGAUGAAUUGGCCCGCCUCUACGAAAGCAAACUGUACAGACAAAUGAUAAAAAACGUAAUCGCUUUUGUGAGUGUAUUCCAAUACAUCGAAAAGAAGAAGCAACACUACAUUCUGCUGCCAUACGAGAUUGUCCAGUGGACGAAUUUUCUUCUCAACUAUCUACCAGAGCUGAUGCCAACAAACAUAUAUGUCCACACAAAACUGUCUCAAAGAGAGAGUCCAACUCACCAGGAAAGGACAAAGACGAUGAAUAUCUAUAUGAAGGAAAUUAAAAAAUGGUUAAUAGUGAAGGCCAUCAAUGUGUACAAGUUUUUUAAGUACAAGAAGGGGGUUCACCUGAUGACACGGAGUGAUUACUUCGAUUUUGUCUGCAGGGAGACCUAUGAUCCAUCUUAUCGAUACCUCCUUUAUGACUACCCCUUCGUAAAUUUGAAUCAAUUGUAUCUGUUUAUUUUUUUUAAUGUGUCAAAGUACUUCAAAUACAUCUCCGCUCCGGGGGACGCCGUGGGGUCCAUUUCGGCACAGUCCAUUGGCGAGCCCGGCACGCAGAUGACGCUCAAGACGUUUCACUUCGCAGGCGUGGCGAGCAUGAACGUGACCCUGGGCGUGCCACGAAUCAAAGAAAUCAUAAACGCGUCAAGCACUAUUCAGACGCCCAUACUGAACAUCCCCCUGCAGGUCAACGACAAUUAUAACUUUGCCCUAAUGAUGAAAUCUAAGUUGGAGAAAACGACAAUCAGAGAUAUCUGUCUGUAUAUAAAGGAAGACUACACCACACGAGGGAUCUUCCUUUCGGUGAAAUUCAACGAACAACUCAUCCAUGAGCUAUUUUUAAACAUAAAUGCAUACUCCAUUAAGGACAUCAUAAUGAGACAGAGUCAUAUUAACAAAAUAAAGAUAAACAAGAUCCUUGUGGAGGUGGUAAAUACGUAUAAGCUACACAUGUCGUUGAAGAAUGACGAGUUUUUAUUUUUUCAAAUCGAGUCUCUGAAGAAGGGGCUGCUCGAUGUCCUCAUUCAUGGGGACAAGGAUAUAAAGCGGUGUAUCAUUAAGAAGGAGGAGGUGGAAGUGGAGGUAGCGGGCGAGGAGGUAGACGUGACCGGCGAACAGAUGGAGGUCACCGGUGAGGAGGUAGACGGGGUGGACGAACCCCAGCGGGGAAGGCCCCACGGCAAGCCCCCCCCUAUUGCCCAUGGGGACAACGAUGACCACACUAAAGGAGGUGAAGCCUCCGCGAAGGAAUGCCCUGGACAGAGAAGCCCCAAUGAGGCGAAGCUGCGAAACAUCAUGGAAGCCUUUAAAAUACAAAUAAAGGAAGAAGUAUCAAAAAGGGACAACCAAGCAGGAGGGGAAGAAGAAGAACCGACUGUCAACCUAGAUACGAUCAAUGUGGACACCUUAAACUUAGAAUACGGAAAUUCGCUCAACUACGUCCUGGGGUUGGAGGGAGUGGAUUUUAAGCAUAUCAUUUCGAACCACGUGAUUAAUGUUUUUCAAGUGCUGGGCAUCGAAGCCGCGAGAGUGACCAUCAUCAAUGAGAUAAAGAAGUGCAUCGAGGCGUACAGCAUAGACAUCGAUAUCAGGCACAUCAUGCUGCUGGCGGAUAUCAUGGCCUUCACGGGAGAUAUCCUUGGGAUAAACCGCUUCGGCAUUCAGAAGGCCAGGCAGAGCACGCUCAUGCUGGCAUCCUUCGAAGAGACCAACGAACACCUCUUCGUUUCAUCGUUCUUUAAAAAUAGAGACGAAAUAAACAACAUCAGCGAGAGCAUCAUUGUGGGGAAGAACAUCCCCAUUGGCACGGGCGCAUUCCAGCUCCUCUACGACUACAAGUUGUAA